GGGGGCGGGAGGGGGGUGGGGGAUUCCCGAGGAGCCCGCGGACCGGGAGUCUGGGAGGGCCCGAACGGCGCCAGGCCCGCCGCGCCACAACUUGCCCAAACCAGACAAGCUUCAUUCUGCGCCCUGGAAGAAGGAGUCGGCCCGCCGCUUCCAGCUCGGCUGCUCCUCGGCCUCGGUGGGCCCCGCCUGCGCCAGCAGCGCUUCUGGGGUCUGGGUCCCCAGCGUCGCCCCGUCCUCCUGCAGCGCCCGGCGCCCGCCACGGAGCGCGCAGCUGGGGUGCUGAGGACAAACGGUGAGCAAGAGAAAUCACGGCCCUUGUUCCCGCUGAUCCUGCAGCCCAGUGGAUGGAGCCCACAGUCCACAGACGUGCCAGGAAAGAAAAAAAAUUUCCUGAUGGUUGUUCCAAGCAGGGACUCCCCCGUGGAUUGAGGAAUGUGUGGCUUUUCCUCAGCUCAUUGAUCUCUGUGGUAGCCACAGGCAGCACCCAAAGGACCCCAAGAAUGAGAGGCCUGUGGUCUGCAAGUUGCUGCUAGAGAUAUUUUAGCCUCUCCAGAUAACAGAAUGCAACUGCCACACAAGUUCCUAAGGGCCCUGGGCGCACGCUGACCGCUCCGGGGCAGGCGCGCCCUUCGCUCCAGGUCCAGGCUGGGGCGCUGCCAUAGCAACGGCCUGGACGCCCGGACCUUAGGCCGCCGCCGCCGCGGGAGACCCAGCCAUCUCCCGCUCCGGAGGGGUGGGGCGGCGGCGGCCCGGGAGGCGGUCCCCGGCCGGGUAGACGGGACCGCUCCCUCUUCGGAUGCCAGCGGAGGCGGCGGAUUUGCUUCCAAGCAUGCCCUUCCAGAAGCACGUCUACUACCCGCUCGCCAGCGGCCUGGAGGGUCCCGACGCCCCCGCAGCUGACUCAGCCGCGCGAUCCGCGAUGGCCAAUGCUCCCCACAGCGCGGCGUCGGGCCCCCUGCCCUUCUUCCAGUUCCGGCCGCGGCUGGAGAGCGUGGACUGGCGGCGGCUGAGCGCCAUCGACGUGGACAAGGUGGCGGGGGCCGUGGACGUGCUGACACUGCAAGAGAACAUCAUGAACAUCACCUUCUGCAAGCUGGAGGACGAGAAGUGCCCGCACUGCCAGUCGGGGGUGGACCCGGUGCUCCUGAAGCUCAUCCGCCUGGCGCAGCUCACCAUCGAGUACCUGCUGCACUCCCAGGAAUUCCUCACGUCGCAGCUGCACAACCUGGAGGAGCGCCUGCGCCUGAGCCUGGCCGAGGGUGAGCAGAACAAGAAGCUCCUCGCCAAGCAGGCUGGGGAGAUCAAGUUACUCAAGGAAGAGUGUAAACGCAGGAAAAAGAUGAUCUCGACCCAGCAGCUGAUGAUCGAGGCCAAAGCCAGCUAUUAUCAGUGCCAUUUCUGUGACAAGGCCUUUAUGAACCAAGCUUUUCUACAAAGUCACAUUCAGCGCCGCCACCCCGAAGAUUCUCAUCUCGAGUAUAAGAAAAAGGCACAGACUGAUAAGCUCCAGAGUGAGAUUGAUAUGCUGAAGGAGCAGCUGCAGCUCACCAGGUCUCAGCUGGAGGCUGCACAGCACGCCCACGCUGUCAGGUUCUCUAAGGAAUAUGAAAUGCAAAAAACAAAAGAGGAAGAAUUUCUGAAGUUAUUUGAUAGAUGGAAAGAAGAAGAAAAGGAGAAACUAGUUGGCGAAAUGGAAAAAGUCAAGGAAAUGUUUAUGAAAGAGUUUAAAGAAUUGACUUCCAAGAAUUCAGCCUUAGAAUAUCAAUUGUCAGAAAUCCAGAAGUCCAGCAUGCAGAUCAAGUCCAACAUAGGCACGUUGAAGGAUGCACACGAAUUUAAAGAAGAACAGCCUCAAUAUCCCCAGGAUUUCCAAAAUGUGAUGCAACUUCUUGACAGUCAGGAAAGCAAGUGGACGGCCCGAGUUCAAGCUCUUCAUCAAGAACACAAGAAAGAGAAGGGCCGGCUCUUGUCACAUAUAGAGAAACUUCGAACCUCCAUGAUAGACGAUCUCAAUGCAAGCAAUGUUUUCUACAAGAAAAGGAUAGAAGAGCUAGGGCAGAGACUCCAGGAACAGAAUGAACUGAUUAUCACGCAGAGACAACAGAUUAAAGAGUUUACCAGUAAACCAUUAAACAGCGUCACUGAACCCAAAGGGAAUCCUUCAACCUGGCAAACUUUUGAAUCUAAGCCAACUGCCCCAGCUGUACCUAUGAGUGCCUCAGCCGCACAGACUGUGGAUGCUAAAUCAGGUCUCACAAUGGCACAUGAACAGGCGUUCUCAUCGCACAUACUGGAACCGAUAGAAGAGCUUUCAGAGGAAGAAAAAGGAAGGGAGAACGAACAGAAAUUAAAUCACAACAAGAUUCACUUAAGGAAAACGUUGAAGAAUAACCCCUCCCUCACGAAGGAAAUAAGGAGUGUCUUGGAGCAGAGUUUGCUAGAGAAACUGGAAACCUUUGGGAUUAAUGCGGAUGUACGUGGAAUUCCAAGCGAUCACUUCAGUAGGGUGCUAAGAACUGUGGAAUCAGCGAGACAUGAACAAGAAAGACAAACACCCAACAUUCAGAAAAUUCGAGAAUUCCUUGAACAUGAGGUCAGCUGUAAAAUUGAGGAGAGAACCUUACUGUCCUCAGAUAAGUACAGUGCUCCUCCUCAAGUGGAUACCCUUUCAAAUGGAGAAAUACCCAAGGCAGUAAAGUUUCCUCCCAGAAGCAGACAGCUGAUAAGACAAAGACCUGUUUUUACCGAUAGGACGUCUGUCCCAAAAAUUAAGAAAAAUAUCAUAGAAGAUCAUUUUCCCAGAAAGUCUUCAACUAUUACGACGCCUCCGUUCAGUUCGGAGGAGGAACUGGACAGUGAUGACCUCAUGCAGGCCUGCGCAUCCCCAGACUUUCUUCCGGUGCAGCCCUCUGAAAGCAACAAGAGCGGCUUUGGGAAGAACAUUGUCAAAAGCGACGCUGACUGGACCGAGGGAAGUGAAACUGAGGACUCCGACAUUUCUCCCAAGCCCACAGGAACCUUCAUUAAAACACUGACUGAAAAAGUUGAAAAGACCGUUUCAAAUCACAGAAACGUGAAUAAGCCAGUUGGUGGAAUUAAUGUUGCUGAGGCGUUCAUCAAAAAAGAAUUCAAAGAAGAACUAAAGUGUGCAGAUGUGGAGGACGAGGACUGGGACAUAUCAUCCGUAGAGGAAGAAAGUUCUCUGGGGAAGAAAACUGGGAGAGGACAGAGGGAGCCUCUACCUGUGAAGAAUGAGUCAAAUCCUACUCAAGUGCCAAGCGCCUGGGGUGCAUCGGAUCUGAAGGCGCCAAAGGGAGGACUCCAAGAUGAAUCCAGCACACUGAAAAGCAGCUUAGUAACUGUGACUGAUUGGAGCGACUCUUCAGAUGUAUAACCGCAGCCUGAGUCAGAAGGUGCAGAUGCCAACAGGACUCCGGUAAUCUGCCCACAAGAUUCUAGCACUCCUGCCUUACAGUGUUUCCCACAAUAACAAGGAAGCUGAUUCAAAGAACAAGGGUCUCUUUAACAGCACCUAAUUCAGUACUGAAAAACAAAUUGUCAACAGUAUUUUGAAGCAUAUAGAGGGUGUUUAAGACUUCUGCUGAAUAAAAUUAAUGUCAUUUGAAGUCAUAAAAAAGUUUUUUCUUCAGAACGGUACUCUAGUGUUUAAGUGUAUUUUUUUCAACUAAUUUUUAAGUGAUUUUUUUUUUUAACUUAAAGCAGGUUUUGGUUUGAAUUAAAAAAAUUUUUUAUAUCUUUCUUGCGUGCAUUAUCACACUGGAAGUGUUUUAUUAUAAAAUUCUGCUAGUAUGCUUAAACUUGAACUACUGAAAUCAAUGAAAUCUUAAGAGUAGAUUGGUUAUCUUUCAUAUAGAAAUAAGUUUAGAAUUAGAAAAAUACAGCUAGGCCGCCGCUUUGAGCCAUUGUAAGCACGUUGUAUUAAACAAUUACUUUAGAACGUUAAAUACCAUUUCUGCAGUAUAAUCUUUGCCUUGGAUAUUUUAUGAAUAAAAUGUAGCUGUUUUCAAUCAGAAUCUGAAUAGAAAAGAUUGAGUCAUUACUGAAUUCAUAUGUGCAUGUGGGUUUUUUUUUUCACUUUCUUCAAAUGCCCAACCCAUAUUAUAAAAUACCUCGAAACUAAUUACUUCUGUUCUUAACAACUGUCAAUGGUCAGAAAGUUCAUAUAAACUGUUUUUUGCAUUUUUUUAUACUUUGUGGUACUAUCUGACUCUUGUUUCCAAAAAAAAAGUAACAUUUUAACUGAUAGUCUGCUGGGUUUUGGAUCUCUUUUCAAUUUGCCUACCUUUCAAGUAAAGCCCUCCAUUACAUCA